GCCUCACCUUUUUCUUUUGAGCCUUACAACGAUAUCCAAUUUUUUUUUUUUUUCAAAUGAACCAACGUACGCUGGCAUUCGCUGGCCUACGCUUGACAGCCACACGAAGCCUUCGAACCUCAUGUACGACAUUGGCGAAAAAGAAUCCAUACACAGACACUUUACUGUUGCCGAAAACGCCAUUUCCACUACGUGCCAAUGCUGCUACUCGUGAACACUUAUUUCGCGAUCGAUGCACAAAAGAGCUAUACCCUUGGCAGUUGGAAAACAAUCCGAAAGACUUGUUUAUUCUUCAUGACGGCCCACCCUACGCCAAUGGUGAUGUUCACUUGGGUCACGCAUUAAAUAAGAUCCUGAAGGAUAUCAUCAAUCGAUACAAGAUGCUUCAGGGCCAUAAAGUCUGGUACCGUCCAGGCUGGGAUUGUCACGGUUUACCAAUCGAAUUGAAAGCGUUAGAAGCGAUCAGACAAAAGGGGAGUGAGCUAUCGGCCACAGAAAUCCGUCAGUUGGCGAGAAAACGCGCAUUAUCCGAAAUCGAAAAACAAAAAAAGAGUUUCAAGAGCUGGAGCGUUAUGGGUGAUUGGAAUAAGCCCUAUCGUACACUCGAUAAGGAUUAUGAGAUUCGACAGUUACGUGUGUUUCGAGAAAUGAUGAAGCGAGGAUAUAUCUACCGUCAACUGAAGCCCGUCUACUGGUCUCCUUCGUCCAAGUCUGCAUUAGCAGAAGCAGAAUUAGAGUAUAACGACAAACAUGUGUCGCGUUCGAUUCACGUUCGUUUUCCAGUAGCUGAAUUACCUGCUGCGUUUAAGGAAAAGCAUCAACUGAACGGUCCUGUAUAUGCCGUUAUUUGGACAACGACACCAUGGACGCUUCCAGCCAAUAAAGCCGUAGCGGUCCAUCCCGAGUUGACUUAUUCGAUCGUACGUGUACGCAACAACCAGAACAACGAGGAAUCACAAUAUAUUAUUGGCAAGGAUCGAUUGGAAGCAUUCAGCACAGAAAUCAACGCCGAGAUCAUUGAAACUGUUGUGGAUGAGAUCCAGGGCAAGGAUCUGGUGGGUACAACGUAUACCCAUCCAUUGUGGAAUACGCCAAUGUCUAUCAUUGGUGGUGAUCAUGUUACUGCAGAGUCUGGUACGGGUCUGGUACAUACGGCUCCUGGUCACGGUAUGGAGGAUUAUGAAGCAUGUCAAAGUUUAGGCAUUGACCCUUUUAGUCCAGUGGAUGAUGAGGGUCGAUUUACCCAUGAGGCAGGCCCCGAAUUGGAAGGCAUGGUGGCAUUUGAUGAAGGUACGGAUGCCAUCAUUAAAGCACUGACAGAUGCGUCUGUUCUUGUUCACGAGUGUGAAUAUGUGCACAAGUAUCCUUAUGACUGGCGCACCAAGAAACCAGUGAUGUUGAGAUCGACUGCACAAUGGUUUGCAAACGUAGAAGAUCUGCAGAAAAAUGCAGUUCGUGCAUUGCAGACUGUGCGCAUGGUGCCCGAUGUUUCCUUAAGACGGUUAGAGCAAUUCACUGUGUCACGAAAGGAAUGGUGCAUUUCUCGGCAACGGUCAUGGGGUGUCCCGAUCCCAGCUCUUUAUGACACAGAAAGUGGUGAAGCAUUACUGACGGAUACGUCUGUGGAACACAUCAUCAGAGUGUUUGAAGAUCGCGGUAUUGAUGCUUGGUGGGAGGAAAAAGACGAUUCGGUGUUUGUGGCACCCGAGUAUCGUAAUACAGGCAAACAGUAUAGACGUGGUUAUGAUACCAUGGACGUUUGGUUUGAUAGUGGCACCUCGUGGACCAUGAUUGAAUCUCGAGGCGAGGACCGACCCCUGGCUGAUGUAUAUCUUGAAGGAAGCGAUCAACACAGAGGCUGGUUCCAAUCAUCGUUGCUAACUUCAAUUGCCGUCACUGGAAAACAGCCUUAUGGUACACUUAUCACACACGGUUUCACAUUGGAUGAAGAAGGACGUAAAAUGUCCAAGAGUAUUGGCAACACAAUUGCUCCUAGCGUCAUUACCCAUGGAGAUGACAAGAACAAGAAACUUUUCCCUGCUUAUGGUACUGAUGUGCUACGCAUGUGGGUAGCCAAUUGUGAAUACACCAAAGAUAUUGCUGUUGGCCCAUCAAUUAUCGCUCAAGUAUCCGAUAUCAUUCGCAAGAUCCGCACAACUGCUCGGUUCUUAUUAGGGAACUUACAUGAUUUCUCAUAUAAUGAUUGCGUACCUUACGAUCAGCUGAAAGAGACGGAUCGAUAUAUGCUUCACGAACUUUUUGAGUUUGGUGAACGUGUGACCAAUGCAUAUGACAACUUUGCAUUUAACAGAGCGACGCAUCAUAUUCAACAUUUCACCACAAACAACCUAUCCGCGUUCUACUUUGACGUUGUCAAGGACCGAUUAUACAACAACAAGAACGAUGCAUUGUCACGACGCACGGCUCAGACUGUAUUAUACCACGUCUUGCGUGCAUACACUGCAUCCAUUGCUCCUGUUGCAUGCCACACAGCAGAAGAGAUCUAUGAAAGCUACCGAUCCAUCACGCCUCAUCCUGAAUCAUCUGUAUUUAAGCAAGGAUGGUUACCAUUAGAAUCGACAUGGCACCAGAAACCUUUAGAAAGCAAAUGGGCCGUUCUGAAGCAACUAAAAUCGGAAGUGAACCAAGUAUUAGAAGUGGCGCGUCAAGAAAAGGUCUUGAGAUCGUCACAAGAAGCCGACGUUGAUAUACUGGUUGAUCCCAAGUCAACAGUUGGCGAAAUGAUUCAUACGAUGGACUCGGAGGAAUUAGCCAGCUUCUUUCUGACCUCUCGCGUCAAGCUACAUGAGCAUGCAGGCACUGCUGUUUCAAGUGUAUACGAACGGGAUACACAGUUAGGAACAGAUCAAACUGCUUGCAAGAUUGUGGCACGACCAUCUACACAACACAAAUGUCCUCGCUGUUGGAACUAUCAUGCAGAUGCAGCCGACACCUUGUGCUCACGUUGCGCCAAUGUGCUCAAUGUUGCUUCCGCAUAGAACCCUUUUUCGUCAUCCUCCUUUAUUUCCCCUCUGUACUUAUCAUUAUAUAUAACGCAUUUAACAUCUCUCUUGUAGAAAAAGUAGUUGAAUAUAGAAUCAUGACAUCAACAACAAAGAAUCAAAACAUUGAUGCCAGUCAAUAACAAUGACAAUCAAAGUUAACUUCUAUGUAUAUGCAUUAACUCACGAGUGUAUCAACAAAAAAAAAAUGCGGCACCUUUCCUACCAACUACUCAUCUCG